AUGGCUGAUUUUCUACACAAAGCGAUUGGUGCUAUGUCGAUUGAAGAUGAGGAACCGCUAGUGCUUCCAGAGAGUCCUCAGUUUACAGUCCUUGAUGCUAAUGAAACCAGUAUGCUGGGUCGCCUUCUCAACCCAGACUGUCAAUCCAUGUCUCGUAUGAUCGACUAUAUGCCCACUGCGUGGAGGGUUUAUGGAAGGGUUCUAGGUAUAGCUCUGACUCGUGACCGAUUUAAGUUUGUGUUCCAGAGAGAGGAAGAUCUGGUUACUGUUCUGAAUGAUCGGCCCUGGUCUUACAACCAUUGCGCGAUGGCGCUUGAAAGAUGGACUGCUUCUCCUCAUGAGGACUUUCUGAGAACAAUGGAGAUCUGGAUUCGUAUCCGGAAUAUCCGGCAGAUUCACUUCACAUCGGAAAUGAUGUAUAAGCUUGCCUCAGAGAUAGGUAAAGUAGAAGUGAUUACCUAUGACCCAAAAGUAUCUCAUACUAAAGAGUAUAUCAGGGCGAAGAUUACCUUUCAUGUGGAUAAUCCAGCUAAAGCCUCAAGGAAGUUGUCGGUGAAAUCAGGUGGAACAGUUUCUAUUGAAUACGACUACGAGAAGAUCCAUAAAUGUUGUUUUCACUGUUUGAGGCUUACGCAUGAGAAAAUACGAUGUCCCUUACUGAAAAAAGGUCAGAUAAAGGCUAGUGGUGGGAGUACGAGCUCUAUGAUACCUCCCAUAAAGACCCCUAAUAUGCAUGCGUUGAUCAACCCGUCUAGAGGUGAGGCUCUGGCAGCUCCACCAGGGUUCCCUCCCUUGUUUCCUGAACUCUCCAGAGCGGACCAGAAGAUGGCUAUGCUCUAUAUAUCCCACUCAGAUGAGACUGAGCGCAAUGCAAGGAUUUUAAGGGUAAGACAAGGUAUUGAGGACAAUAGAGAAUCUUCCCUGCGACUGAUAAGGAUUACAAAUGAGAUUGAUAAAGGCAAGGGUCAUGUGUUUCAUUAUACUGAAAAGUCCAUCUAUCAGGAAGACAGUAGUAAGCGUUUUCGUGUUGGUCCCCAGCUGCUUCUCGGAAAUACUGAAGAUGAAGCUGAAUCCUCUGCUAAUGCUCCUGAUACUCUGUCUGCCCCUGCUUUCGUUUCGUCGGGUUUUCAGCUUCGCCCCACUUCGGAGGGGCGUGCUUCCGGAAACUUAAGUUUGGGCAAAGCUCCAAGAAACCGCCCUCCUUCAUGGAAGAGGAAAGCAAACCCCAAGAAAGGAAAUUCUGCAUUUGGACCCACCUUGAAGGGACAAGAACAGUUGGCUGCAAAUGGUAUGAAGAGGAAGCAGAGUGUUUCAGCUUCGGCCGUGGACAACAAAUCCCCAAAGUACACAGAAUCUUCGGUGGCUUCUGUAUUGAAGCCGCUGCAGCCGCAAUGA